AUGUUGCCUCACGAGCUUGUUCUCUCUGUUUCUCGACAAUGGCCUUGUAGAGAACUGCAGACGAGGCAGUUAGCUCAUCUAUUAUGCACUUCUUCCCUCCCUUCUCCUCCAUCAGUAAUAGUUCAUGGACCCAAAGGUUCUGGGAAAUCAACUGUUCUCAGAGCCUUGCUGCAAGCUUAUGUUGACAGCCACAGACAUAAAAAUGGGAAAGAAAACAGCAGUCCUCAAGUGGCAUCCGGAGCAGAAAGGGGAAAGCUCUCUGAUAACUCUGGUGAUGAUUUGGGAGCACGCCGUUUUUGCUAUGCAAUAGUGAAUGUUGCUGAAUGUAUAUCGGCAAAUCACUUAUUUAUGAAGAUUAUAUCAAACACAAUUGAUGCUAUGCAACGAGAUACCGCUGGGGGGUCAGGCGAUGAGUGGAUGCAAGGUAUUGGCAGUAUACGGUGUGAGCAUGUGAGCUCGCUUCCAGGUUUACUUGGGAACAUCCUAAGUAAAGCCGAUUGUCGGCAAUUUGUGCUGUUGCUGGAUGGUGUAGACGAGCUACGAGAAGGUGGACAAAUGUUACUUGCAGCAUUGUAUCGAGUUGGUGAGAUGCUAUCUAAUGUGACGGUGAUAUUCACAUUAAAGUUCUCCCCUCGCCCUCUCCUACUCCAUGCCGCUGGUGUACCCCAUAUAUAUUUCCCUCCUUACACGCGUGCCGAAAGUAUAGCGAUCCUUACCAAUCUACCUCCCCCGACCUUGCCCCUAUUAUCAGAAGCUACCGCUGCCAAGUUAUAUCCUCCAUUCCUAACGACGUUAUAUGAUGCAUUGAUUGGCCCAACAGCGGGGACGGUUCCUCAUUUUCAGUCUGCGUGCGAGAAACUUUGGCCGCGGUUUGUUGCACCCAUAAUAAAUGGCGAGACGCCACCAGGAGGGGACAUAGCGGAAUGGGACUUUCCCCGGCUCCUGGUGAAGAAUAGAUCAUUAUAUCAACACCAGGGAGAGCUGCUACUAAGCCACCGAAUUGUUUCCGAUGACUACACGGCGAACCCUACUGCUUCAGGCUUAACCACAAAACGACCUGCCUUCACCCUACCUUCCCUUCCCUAUUUACCAACUCUCGUACUUACUGCUGCUUUUCUUGCAGCACAUAUACCCCCUCGCCUUGAUUUAGCCCUAUUUUCAAAGUUCACGCCGUCGAUUAAACGCCGUAGAAGGCGUUUGAAUACCACUGCCCAGCCAAAAGUAUCUACUCAACCCGGUGAGGACCAUCCCGAAAGCACGCCUAAAAAAGGAAGAGAAGCCAGUAACCCGGCCAAGGGACCUAAACGGGCAACCAACUCCAACUCUGUUCCAGGAGGUACGCGUGGCAGUCGAAGUGGUUACUUCGUUAAUCCGCACCCCUUUACACUCGAACGUCUUCUGGCCGUGUUCCGCGCCAUAGAUCCCAAUCCCCCGUUGGCAACGGACAUAUCUUUGGCAGAUACUAUAUACCCAGAGCUUGCCACAUUACAGCGGCUGCGUCUACUCGUUCCCGCUUCUGCUGUCGCGGCGGCCGCUGGAGGAAUUGUGGACGGUGCUGAGAAAUGGUGCCUGAACGUCAAUGCAAUUGUUAGCUCUGGAAAUUCCAUUAGUGACGAAUGGGUUGUAGAGAUGGCACACGGGAUAGGAGUGGAGGUUGAAGAGUACUUAGGGCUGGGCUAA